GAGAAAGAGUUCGGAGGAGGAGUGAGUUGUAGGGACGCCGGGCGAGCAGGACCUGCGCCUGUGCGCGAGCGCGGCCGCCCGGCAACUCGCCUCCUCCGCGCGCCUCGCCGAGGCCGCUUUCAGCACCCGGAGUGGAGAACAGUUCCCGGCAGCCCGCAGCGCUGCCCAGGGGCCGCCGCCGGCCAACUACCUGGAACCUUCGACCCGCCUCAGAGGCACCCCCCUGAGAACCCAGGGUGCACGCCGCCUGCUCCCCUCUUUUGGUGUGCAAGGAAACACGGGGGGGAAAGCAUCCGGCGGCCUCAGGGAGCCCUGAAGAAGCAGAAGCAGAAUGUACCAGGGACACAUGCAGAAAAGUAAAGAAAAAGGAUAUGGAAAACUAAGCAGUGAUGAAGACCUCGAAAUAAUUGUUGAUCAAAAGCAGGGAAAAGGCUCUAGGGCGGCAGAUAAGGCUGUUGCCAUGGUGAUGAAGGAGAUACCGAGGGAGGAGUCUGCUGAAGAAAAGCCCCUCCUAACUAUGACAUCACAGCUGGUGAAUGAGCAGCAAGAAAGCAGACCCCUCCUGAGCCCCUCCAUCGAUGACUUUCUCUGUGAAACCAAAUCGGAGGCAAUAGCAAGGCCAGUAACGUCCAACACAGCCGUAUUGACCACAGGCUUAGAUCUCCUUGACCUGAGUGAACCCGUCUCUCAAACCCAAACCAAAGCCAAGAAGUUGGAGGCUUCAUCAAAAACCUCAUCCCUCAAGAAAAAGGCUGAUGGAUCUGACCUCAUCAGUGCAGAUGCUGAGCAGAGAGCCCAGCCUCUCCGAGGCCCGGAGACAUCCUCCUUAGAUCUAGAUAUUCAAACGCAGUUGGAAAAAUGGGAUGAUGUUAAGUUUCAUGGAGAUCGAAAUGGCAAGGGACAUCCAAUGGCAGAGAGAAAAUCAUGCUCAUCUAGAACUGGAUCAAAAGAACUCUUAUGGUCUUCAGAGCACAGAUCUCAACCAGAACUCAGUGGUGGGAAAAGCGCCCUCAACUCUGAGUCAGCUUCAGAAUUGGAAUUAGUGCCUCCAACACAGGCUCGACUGACCAAAGAACAUCGCUGGGGAAGUGCAUUACUUUCCAGAAACCACUCCUUAGAAGAGGAAUUUGAAAGGGCAAAAGCAGCGGUGGAGUCAGAUACAGAGUUUUGGGACAAGAUGCAAGCAGAAUGGGAGGAAAUGGCCCGAAGGAACUGGAUAUCUGAGAACCAAGAAGCCCAGAACCAAGUUACAAUCUCAGCCAGUGAGAAGGGAUAUUACUUUCACACUGAAAACCCCUUCAAGGACUGGCCUGGAGCAUUUGAAGAAGGCCUAAAGAGGCUGAAGGAAGGGGACCUGCCAGUCACCAUCCUGUUCAUGGAGGCAGCAAUUCUUCAGGACCCUGGAGAUGCAGAGGCGUGGCAAUUCCUCGGGAUAACCCAGGCAGAGAAUGAAAAUGAACAAGCAGCUAUUGUCGCCCUCCAGAGGUGCUUAGAAUUACAGCCCAACAACUUGAAAGCUUUGAUGGCUUUGGCUGUGAGUUACACUAAUACUGGCCAUCAGCAAGAUGCCUGUGAAGCUCUAAAGAGCUGGAUUAAGCAAAACCCAAAGUACAAAUAUCUUGUGAAGAGCAAAAAGGGAUCUCCAGGCCUCACCCGGCGGAUGUCUAAGUCUCCGGUUGAUAGCUCUGUUUUGGAAGGAGUGAAGGAAUUAUAUCUGGAAGCUGCCCACCAAAACGGAGAUAUGAUUGACCCAGACCUGCAGACUGGGCUGGGGGUUCUGUUCCACCUGAGCGGGGAAUUUAAUCGAGCAAUAGAUGCAUUUAAUGCUGCCUUAACUGUUCGGCCAGAGGACUAUUCAUUAUGGAACCGUCUAGGGGCGACCUUGGCGAACGGAGACCGCAGCGAGGAAGCGGUGGAAGCAUACACGCGGGCGCUGGAGAUUCAGCCUGGCUUCAUCAGAUCCAGGUACAACCUGGGAAUCAGCUGCAUCAACCUGGGUGCCUACAGAGAAGCGGUCAGCAAUUUUCUCACUGCCCUCAGUUUGCAAAGAAAGAGCAGGAAUCAGCAGCAAGUUCCUCAUCCUGCGAUCUCUGGGAAUAUCUGGGCUGCCCUCAGAAUUGCACUUUCUCUGAUGGACCAACCAGAACUCUUCCAGGCGGCUAAUCUUGGUGACCUGGAUGUCCUCCUAAGAGCUUUCAACUUAGAUCCUUGAAGGAAAGGGGGAAAUAAUAAUAAUCCUUCUUCUGUGUAAUUGUACUGAGAAAUGCAGAACUACUUCAUUAUGAAUUUCAAAAGGAUAAACCAGAUGUUCAAAAGGCCAUGGUGAUAUAACCCAAGGUAAUUCUUAACACAAUGCCCAGUCUCUGUUCAGAUCCAAAAGCACAAAAUGCUGUAUAUACAGUCAAGAUGGGGCUUGAAAAAAAAAAGAAGCAAGAGACUGAAGACAAACCAAGAUAAAGUGACUAUGAAUACUCUUUCCACAAGCUGCAAGCAUAUUGCAAAGUGGGGUUUUUGUCCCCAUUUGCAGCUGAUGACACACCUAAGGAACUUGCUUAUGGGACAGCUGGAGAAAGCACUGCCUCAGAUCAGGGAAUUCUGACUGUUUCUGAAUUGUCAUCUGAAAUUCAUCUUUUACAAGAUUGAAUAUAGUUUGAGCCAAGGUGCAUGCACAUAUAUUAACUCUUAACUAAAGAGAGGCAUUGCUUAAACCUGUUUCAAUUUUAACUUUUACUGUAGCCCUUUGAUUCCAGAGAGGGAGCUUUGCUGGCAAAAGCAGUUUUUGCACUAGAAAUUUUUGCUGUUCCCAAUCAGAACUUUUCUGGGACUGUAUAUAUGCACUUUAAUAUCUUAUUUAUGCCUUGCUGGAGUUUUGUUUUGUUGCUCCAAUUUUUAACUGGGGGUGAAAGAUUUGAGAACUCAGCCUUGUUAGAUCAAUGGACCAAAUAAAAAUUCCUGAAAAUAGUU